AUGAUAUGUUCAGGCGGCGGCGGGUGCUUGUCGAAGGCGGGGCUGUGGGGCCGGCUGUCGUUUGUGGAUCUGGCUGGCAGCGAGCGGGCGGCGCGCACCGGCAACGUGGGCGCGCGGCUGAAGGAGAGCGUGGCAAUUAAUAGUAGUCUAAUGACGCUGGGCCGCUGCUUGGAAGCCUUGCGCUGGAACCAGCAGCACCGCCACGCCGAGCCGCGCCUUGUGCCCUAUCGAGAGUCCAAGGUGACACAUCUUUUCCGGGACGUGCUUCACGGCUGGGGCCAGAUCCUGCUGUGUGUCAACGUGUCUCCGGCCGCGCGCGACUACGACGAGACGGCGCGCGUUCUGCGCUACGCCGCGCUCGCCACCCAGAUCGGCACCGCCGCCCGCGCCGACCCGCCGCUGCGCGUGCUCAAGUGCGCGCACCUCUCUGCAUGCCCUCAAUACAUGUCAGCCAACAACACUGCUGCAGUAUUAUGUCAAUGUGUCAAAAUUGCAGUGCACAUCGUUCCAAAUUCAUACUAA